GUAAAGUGGAAUUGCAUGGGAAAAUCAUGGAAGUUGAUUACUCAGUCUCUAAAAAGCUAAGGAGCAGGAAGAUUCAGAUCCGAAACAUCCCUCCUCACCUGCAGUGGGAGGUCUUGGAUGGACUUUUGGCUCAGUAUGGGACGGUGGAGAAUGUGGAACAAGUCAACACAGACACAGAGACUGCCGUUGUCAACGUCACAUACGCAACAAGAGAAGAAGCAAAAGUAGCCAUGGAGAAGCUAAGCGGGCAUCAGUUUGAGAACUACUCCUUCAAGAUUUCCUACAUCCCGGAUGAAGAGGUGAGCUCCCCUUCGCCCCCUCAGCGAGCCCAGCGUGGGGACCACUCUUCCCGGGAGCAAGGCCACGCCCCUGGGGGCUCUUCUCAGGCCAGACAGAUUGAUUUCCCGCUGCGGAUCCUGGUCCCCACCCAGUUUGUUGGUGCCAUCAUCGGAAAGGAGGGCUUGACCAUAAAGAACAUCACUAAGCAGACCCAGUCCCGACAGGAAGGAAAACUCUGGGGCCGCAGAGAAGCCUGUCACCAUCCAUGCCACCCCAGAGGGGACCUCUGAAGCAUGCCGCAUGAUUCUUGAAAUCAUGCAGAAAGAAGCUGAUGAGACCAAACUAGCUGAAGAGAUUCCUCUGAAAAUCUUGGCCCACAAUGGAUUGGUUGGAAGGCUGAUUGGAAAAGAAGGCCGAAAUUUGAAGAAGAUCGAACAUGAGACAGGGACCAAGAUAACCAUCUCAUCUUUGCAGGACCUGAGCAUCUACAACCCUGAAAGAACCAUCACUGUGAAGGGCUCGGUCGAGGCCUGUGCCAGUGCCGAGGCAGAGAUCAUGAAGAAGCUGCGCGAGGCCUUCGAAAACGACAUGCUGGCCGUGAACCAACAAGCCAAUCUGAUCCCGGGGUUGAACCUCAGCGCACUUGGCAUCUUUUCAACAGGACUGUCUGUGCUGCCUCCACCAGCAGGGCCCCGCGGAGCUCCCCCUGCUGCCCCCUACCACCCCUUCACUACCCACUCCGGAUACUUCUCCAGCCUAUACCCGCACCACCACUUUGGCCCGUUCCCGCACCAUCACUCCUACCCGGAGCAGGAGGUCGUGAACCUGUUCAUCCCAACGCAGGCGGUAGGCGCCAUUAUCGGGAAGAAGGGGGCGCACAUCAGGCAGCUGGCCAGGUUUGCGGGGGCCUCCAUCAAGAUUGCUCCUGCGGAAGGACCAGACGUCAGUGAGAGGAUGGUCAUCAUCACCGGACCCCCUGAGGCCCAGUUCAAGGCCCAGGGACGGAUCUUUGGGAAACUGAAAGAGGAAAACUUCUUUAACCCCAAAGAAGAAGUGAAGCUGGAAGCCCACAUCAGAGUGCCUUCCUCUACUGCCGGCCGGGUGAUCGGCAAAGGGGGAAAAACAGUGAAUGAGCUGCAGAACUUAACCAGUGCGGAAGUCAUCGUGCCUCGUGACCAAACGCCAGAUGAAAACGAGGAAGUGAUUGUCAGAAUUAUCGGGCAUUUCUUUGCUAGCCAGACUGCGCAGCGCAAGAUCAGGGAGAUCGUGCAGCAGGUGAAGCAGCAGGAGCAGCGGUACCCUCAGGGAGCGGCCUCGCAGCGCAGCAAGUGAGGGCCCGCAGGCCGCCGUGCACGAUGAAUGUAGCCCUUCCAACACCGACGGACGGGACCAAACAGCCGCCAGACCCGGAGCAAACCAAAGACCAUCCUGAGGAGCGAGGCGUCUGCGGAGGCCCCAGGAACCCUCGGGGCUCAGGGCGGUGGGAACGUCAGCCCGGUCUCCCCAGAACCGCAGGCUGCCCACCCACCGCCGCCUCCCGAGUCCCAGGGCAUCUGCAGGCUUCCUAGCCACCCACUCCACCAUCCAUCGACCUCUCCUGACUCCCACGACGCUAUCCCUUUUAGUUGAACUAACAUAGGUGAAUGUGUUCAAAGCAAAAUUCACUGUUUUCUUUGUGGCAAGUCUGUACAUGUGUGUACAUAGUAGACGGGGAAGACGUGUGGCCCGUGCAUGACACAGGUGCCUGCGGCGUUAAUAUAUUUUAGAAAGACUAUACCCAGUAACCCAACUAACUCCAAUUGUUACGCAACUAUUAAUUUUUUUUUUUUUUAAGAGAAAGCAGGCUGUUCUAGACUUUAAGUCUUUCUUUGGGAGGUCUCAUGGUGUAGAAAGGAGGUUCGCGGCCCCCACACAGAGUCUACCCUUGGGGAGAUCGCGUUAGAAGGACACUCAGCAGUUCUGGGUCACCUGUGUAUGUCAACAGAAGGGAUACCGUCUCCUGGAGAGGAGACCGCCUCUCUCCAUCCCUGUCCAGCUCACACGCCCACUCUCUGCUUCACAGGUUUUAAACUGGUUUUUUGCAUACUGCUAUAUAAUUCUGUCUCUCUCUGUUUCUCUCUUCCCCAUCCCUGUCCCCCUUCUUCUUCUCCAUCCCCGUUCUUCUGAAUACCUGGUCCCUGUCUCCACCCCUGUAUCCACGCACCCCCCACCCCCCAGGCAAAGCAGUGCUCUGAGCAUCACAUCACACAGAAGGAACAAAAGCGAAACACAUGAACCAGCCUCAACUUAAACUUGUUACUCAAAAGAACAAGAGUCAAUGGUACUUGUCCUAGCGUUUGGGAGAGGAAAACAGGAACCCACCAAACCAGCCCACCCAACAAAAAUUCCACAAAGGAAGAAUGUAUUUUGUCUUUUUACAUUUUGGUAUAUAAGCCAUCAAUAGUCAAUGGAAUGAUUUCUUUCUUUUUAAAAAAAAAAAAGGAGGAAAAUAGCAAUUUAUACAAGGUUGUUGGCCCAGGGCGUUAAAUUUACAGAUUUUUUUAACGAGAAAACACACAAAAAAAAAGCUACCUCAGGUGUUUUUUACCUCAGCACCUUGCUCUUGUGUUUCCCUUAGAGAUUUUGUAAAACUGAUAGUUGGAGCAUUUUUUUAUUUUUUUAAUAAAAAUGAGUUGGAAAAAAAAUACGGUAUCAACUGCCAGCCUGGAGAAGGCGACAGCCCGGGUGCAGCAGCUGUCCUGAGCUGCCUUCUGCCAGCCAGGAACCUCGACGGCCUUCUGGACAGACCUUGAGAAUGUUUAUUAAAAAAAGAUGACAAAGAAAAACAGAGAGAGAAUACGGGAGAUGUGUGAAUUCCGAUAGGGUACGCGCCAUUAGGGCUUUUUGCGCUAAAGGACGAACAUGUACUGGUCUCUGUGAACAAGCCAUUACUGCCAGACUGCAAUGCCAGUUCCCUCUACUGCAAACAGUGUUCUGUGACAAAAAAAAGGAAAAAAAUAUAUCCAGCUAACAAGA